AUGGAGCGUGGCAGGGCUCAUGCCAAAUGGAUAACCACCACAUCCAAGAGGCACAAAGCCCUGUGUCCCACAGACAGCUGCGGGCAGUGUCGGGGCGCUGGGGGCGCUGUGCGGGCCGCUCGGUUCGCUGCUCCGGGAUGGCGGCGGCGAGCGCGGAGGUGGCGGAGGAGGCGGCGGGGGCCGGGCCGGGGGCGCGGGCGCGCGCGGCUGCCGCUGGCGCGGGUGAAGGCGCUGGUGAAGGCUGGACCGGACGUGAGCUUGGCGAGCCACGAGGCCGUGGGUGGUGUUGGCGAGAAGCGGCGUUUUGCUUUUCAGGAGCUGUUUGUUGAAACCAUAGCCAAAGACGCGUACGUGUACGCUCAGCAAGGAAAGAGGAAAACUCUGCAGAGAAAAGACCUGGAUAACGCCAUUGAAGCUAUUGAUGAAUUCGCGUUUUUGGAAGGGAAGGUGCUCCAGCCCUCCGAUCAUCUUUGUAGCCUCCUCUGGACCUGUUCCAACAGUUCCGUAUCCUUCUUAUGCUGAGGAUUCCAGAACUGGACACUUGGUCUUGUUGAACCUCAUCAUGUCCACACAGGCCCCACUUCUCCAGCUUGUCCAGGUAAUGUGAAGAACGGGCAUGAAGGGAGUGUGGUCCUUUCAAAUGAGGCAGCUUGAAAGUGGCUCUGAGUCUCCACAGAUGUAAUUAGUUUGAAAUUGGUGAUAAGAACAAAGACCCCCAAGGGAGCUUCCCCAGGCUGGCAGCAAACCCAGCUGCUCUCAAGAAGCACUGAUGCUUGCUGGAAGCCUGAUCCCUGUUCCCACCUUCCCAUCCUCUGUUUCUAGUGCCAGUGUGGGGAUGCACCAGUCUGGGGGAGCCGUGGAAUUGUGAGUAGGGUGUGCAGAUGAAGUUUCAGCUCCACAAAUAGGUUCAUCAGGCUUCUAGGCAAGGAGAGCCGGGUUUCUCUUUCUGCCCUGGAUCCGCUGGGCGCUCGGGCUCAUUUGGUCCCUUCAGGCUCUGCUGUUUGGCGACAGCUGAGCGUUCACAUUUUCCCUUUGCUGAUUGAAUUCUCCAUCUAGUCUCACCCCAUCCUCCAUGAUACGUCCUCACAAUACAACCUUGACUGUUUCCUAGUGUGUUUUUAAUUGCAUUUUCUUUGUUCUGAAGUGCAUUUACCAGGCUGUUAUGAAAUGAUCUACUUCUCCGCGGACACAGCAGUCUUGUGUGCAGCGCUAGGGAAGGGCCUUCCCUCUGGGAUUUCUGUGGGUGCUCAGAUUGAAGUAAUCUCUCUCCCAGGCAGAUUUCCCGAAGGACCAUGUCUUUUUGUUCAGCAUUUGUGUCACACUUGGCCCUGAUUUGAGCUUGGGCCUCUCCAGCAGGACACAAAUAGUGAGCAGUGAUCCCUUUGUCAGUGUGUCUCUCUCAGAUGUCUCUGGGCAGCAUGGACGGUGCCUGUCCCAGCAGCUCUGCUCCAUUCAGCCUAGGUUCCUGGGCUCUCCAGAUGCUCCUCCAUGCUCGAUUUCCUCCAGGGCAAGAAGGUUAGAAAAGUGUCUGUGUCAUCCCAGUGGCAGGAGCAGUUGGGUUUGGGCGGGAUUCACACACUGAUGCUGUGAUUUUACGCAUGUUUUACCUGUUCUUGGCUUCUGCAUUGCAGAAACCCUCUCACUGAGCCUCCUGCUCUCUUUUGGCCAGCAAGAAGUGGACUAUGUGGGCCAGACAAAUGGAAACCAUCCAGCAGUGCUGGCUGCCUCGUGCCAGCAGGGCCAGAAGGGCUAGGGCUUGGCUGCAGGGAGAUCACAGCACCUUCCUGGUUGCUCCAGGCAGCACCUGAGCCUAUUUCUGUCCUCUCCCACCCAGCAGCCAGACCAGCUCUUUCAGCCACAUAGGGCGGUUUGGGUUGGAAGGCACCUUAAAGCCUGUCCAGUUCCAAUCCCGUGCCAUGGAUCCCACUGGAUCAGGUCACUCACGAGAGCUGACGUCCUGUACGCAGAUGCUUUCUGCCUGAUUGAGCAAAAUGGUCAGGACACGUGUUCGAUGAUGGAUAUGUGGCUUUUGGGGUGCUCAUGACAAUCCCUUCUCACAUGCUAUGUGUCCCUUCCAGGGGGGACUGGAAGGAGCCUGUGUGUUCGGGGACACAGCAGCGCACAGGCUGUGGUGGUCUCCUUAUCCCAGGGAAGCUGACAUUGUCUGAAGUCCCAUCCCAACCAGGAGAACUGACCCUGGCGAGUGGAUGAAAGCAAGACCUGCAGGAUGGACAGGCUGAGAGAGUUGGGCUUGUUCAGCCUGGAGAAGAAAAGACUCUGAGGAAAUCUUAGAGCGACCUUCCAGUACCUGAAGGGGCUACAGAAAAGCUGGAGAGGGACUGUUCGUAAAUGUUUGUGGGGAAAGGACAAGGGGGAAAGGGAGAGGGGCAGAUUUAGGCUUGAUGUAAGGAAGAAUUUCUUCACCAUGAGAAUGGUGAGACACUGGCCCAGGUUGCCCAGGGAAGCUGUGGCUGCCCCAUCCCUGGAGGUGUUCAAGGCCAGGUUGGAUGGGCCUUGGGCAGCCUGAUCUAGUGGG